AUGGAUAUAAAAAACUUGCUGGAUAAUCUUCAUGAUCAAGUAAGCUGUUCUGCGUGCUUGAGCACUUUGACCGAUCCAAGGCAGUUGCCUUGCUUGCACAGUUUCUGUCUUCACUGCCUGAAUGAACUUGCAAGUAUAAGUGACUUCAACGGCCCUUUUUUAACAUGUCCAGAGUGCCGCAAACGUUUUAGGAUCCCUGGAAGUGGAAAUCCCAGCGAAUUUCCCAGCAAUUUUCGCAUUAACAGUUUGCUAGAUGUCUUGGCAAUCAAAGAGUACAGUACCGCUAGAGUGAAAUGCGGAAACUGCGACAAACUAAGUGCCCAGACAUCAUAUUGCUUCCAAUGCGGUUCUUUCUGGUGCGAUGAAUGCAUUUCAGCACAUAACAUUAUCCGAGCCAAUAAAGAACACAGAACACUAGCGAUAAACGAUUUUCAAGAUCAAGACAUCGAGGACUUGUUAAGGCGACCGGCAUUUUGCCAGAAGAGACACCAUGAAAAGGAAUUAUUGAGGUUCUAUUGCAAAGACUGUAAAGUCGCUGUUUGCAACACUUGUGUUGUAACACUUCAUGAUGGUCACAACAAAAUGCUUUUACAAGAAGCUACAGAUGCCCGCAGGUCGCAGAUCAACUCCACAAUUGCAUCCUUAAAGCAAAAGGUACUGGAAGAACGAAAGGAAGUAGAAAAAUACAACCAGAAGAUCAUCGAAAUUCAAAUGCAAGUGGCCGACGUGGAAAGCCAAGUGGAGAAGAAUGUAGACCAAAUAAUCGGAAUCGUUAACGCUAAGAAACAGAAAAUUUUGGAUGCUGUCGAUAGUCAAGCGCGAAAAUCGCUGGAGUUUCUCACAUUGAAGAAAGAAAAAGUUCAAAAUAAAGUGACAUUAGUUGAAUUAGCAACUGAUCAAACUGAAUCACUAAUGAAAAGAGGCUCGAGUGCAGAAAUCCUGGGAUUCAAUGAGACAUUUGAUACAAUCCUUCAGAGACAGAGCACCGAAGGAAGUGUUGACUCGGAAUGCAUUUCUCGGUUUAAAUUCACUGAAAGUAAAAAAUUGAUAAGCUUAUUGAACAGUGAGGGGAUAGGUAGUGUAAAAACUGUUUUGUUCGAAGUUUAUAAAGAUCAACAAUUAGAAACUAAUUGUAACGAAAGCAGUAAAGCAAGUGGUGGGAUGGAAAGAGCAAAUGUUCGUGGAAGUCCUUUUGAGCCGGUUCAGAAACGAACCAGGCGUUUCAAAUCCGUGCUUUCAUUUGGACAACCGUCUGUUGAGAUACUUGACAGGCCUUGGGGAGUGGCAGUGAAUAGUCGCGAUGAAAUUGCUGUGAGUGAGUACGGGAACUGCAGGAUCUCAUUAUUUAGCAGUGAUGGUACUUACUUAAGAUCUUUUGGUAAACCGGGUCAGAAUAAUGGUGAGUUUAGUUUCCCUUGCGGAAUAAUAUUUGACAAAAAUCACAACAUUUUAGUGGCAGACUGCCAUAACCCAAGGGUACAAGUCUUUGAUCGGAAUGGUAACUUUUUACGAAAGUUUGGUGAACAAGGUUGUCUUGAUCACCAGCUUAACAAACCAGUAGGCUUAUCAAUAGACGACAACGAUGAUAUUAUUGUUACUGACCAAGGCUACUUGAAAAGUGCAAUCAAAAUAUUUUCUUCUAAUGGAAAAUAUUUACGUAAAUUUGGAGAAGCAGGUUCUUUGACACAGCCCUAUCAUUGUAUCCAAAACGGUCAAUAUUUUAUAGUCUCAGACACUUGUUCUAUUAAAAUGUUUAAUCUUGAUGGAAAAUUUAUUUAUACAUUUGGAAAGAAGGGGGUAAAUGAUGGAGAAUUGAAUAACCCCCGGUACCUGUCAGUUAGCAAAGACGGAUUGCUAAUGGUCUGCGAUUCAUACAAUCACAGAGUGCAGGUGUUUGAACUGCCGAGUGGAAAGUUUGUUACAAAGUUUGGAUGUAAAGGUAGCGAGAGAGGAGAGUUUCGUAAUCCAAAUGCUACCGCCAAUCUUAGUGAUGGGAGGAUAGUUUUGUGUGACCAGCUGAACGAUCGAAUUCAGAUAUUUGACCAAAUGUGAUAUGACUCGCUCUUAGACUCUUACCUUCAUAUGCAAAAGUGUGAACUACUUACUGUGUUGAUCUACAAUUCGCAUUUGUGGCAAAACAAACAAACGUUGUUUAUUAACGCUGCAUGAAUAGUAGGUUCCAUUGAUUGUAGUCUUUGUUUUCCGUUAGCUGACCUUAUAACUGUAAUAAGUUGCAAAUAUAAUUAUCUCAAUAAUAUCUUUUAAUUUCUACAUAGAUUUUUAAUGUUUUGAAUUGAAUAUAAUGUUAUUUUGUAUGAUUCCAGACUUCACAUUUAUUUUUUUUAUGAGUGGUUCGUGCACAUCAAACAACAGUGAAAUUGUUUUCUCCAGGCUAUAAUUACAUAAUCAAAGUCGUUUAAUUUUUUUGUCUUUGUAAACAAAGGUGUAUUUGUCGGUGAUCUGGCGAUUACUAAAUAAUGUAGCUCAACAGUCUGAAAUGUAUGUUUGCUGUAUAGUAAUACAGCAAAGAAUGGUUAAAAGUGCCCCAACAUUUUGUCUUCUGAAGAUAUCAAUUUGUGGAGGGUUAAAUUGAUUAAAAUUAGGCCCGGGGGGUUUAAUGGCACUUGCGCCUUCAAAUAAGGGCCUUUUUACAUGGAGGUGGGGGACCCCAGGUAGGUGAGGUAACAUUUGGCGGGUCACCCCACCUAUCAUGUGAACGUGAUCAAAUUGAAAUGAGAGAUUGUAUGGACAGUCGGGUUACCCCACCUAAGCGGGUUACCUCAGUACCUGGGGUCCCCCACCUCGAUGUAAACAGGCCCUAAGUGUCUUGCAACUUUUGCCAGUACCAUUUGCAAAUGCAAGAUCAGCUAAAACGUGAGCACCCCGUCGCCCCAUGUAAUGGAAUCUUGGAUUCUGGAUUCCAAGCCGUGGAUUCCGGAUUCCUGGUACUGGAUACUAGUCUUUGACAGUGGAACUCGGAUUAUGGAUUCCUAUCGUUCGAGGGAUUCUGGAUUCCUUGAGCUGUAUUCCGAAAUAAGACCCAGGAUUGCAGAUUCCAUAAGCAAACGUUUCACGUAAUUCGGAUUCCACAAGCAAAAAUUUCCCGGUUCCGGAAUCGAAUUCCCUUACAAGUGGCAAACCACGCUUUUUGAAGAUUCCUUGAAGAAUAAUGGUGAUCAUGACCCCAUCGUAGUGCGAAGUUUUCCUCAUACCGGAGGUGUUGCCGUACGGGCAAACUGUUUCGGAGCAGGAGACAGGGCGAGGGCAUGCAGUAGCAAAAGGCCAGUUAGGUGGACAUCAAAAUGUGUCGAAGGGUGAUUGAGAUGUGUGACAGUUGUAAGUUGAGGUCAAAAGGAUUAGACGCGAUCAAGAGAGAAUAUUAAUGGAACAGAGAGGGAAACGCCCAGUCUAGCCCUUGGAAUAUGUGAAUUUCACCAAAGUUAUUUUUAAACCAACUGCUGGUUUUCAGACUCACGCCAUCCAAAAUAGAUCAAAAUAAAAAUCAAAAACCAUUCGACAGAUAAAUUCCAGAAUCUGGGAAAUGAAAGGAGGUAAAUAUACAAAGACCCUCCCCAACAUUUGGGUCGAAAGAAUAAUUCGUAUUCGAGAGAUAUCCGAGGAAAUGUUUUACCCAAAUUUAUAGAGCGUUGUAUGGAGACGCCAUGCUGGAGCUCAUCCGGAAGAGCUCCAACAUGGCGGACGGAAACCAAAAGAAACAUCUGUUACCGAGCCUUGCUACAAAAGCGUGAAUUUACUCCUAGAGGAACUCAUAAACAUUAAAGUAAUACUUUUUCUAACACUUGAACUGAUUAGAUAGCAAAAUUCUUCGAAAAAAGCCACAUUUUAAUCUAAAUGACAGCUCUUUCGGCCGUCGUGAGUAUGCUGCGUCAGGCAAAAGCUUAGAAAUUCAAGCGUACUUUAUGGCAAAACGAAGAACCCUUUUGAAGCGAAAAUUUGUUUGAAAAUUAGUUUUCAGCUGCUCUAAUACACCAUGAAAGUUAAAUCUCAGUAGGAUCGAUAGUUUUGUAGUUUGAAUUUUAGUGACGUCAUAUGACUCAAACCAACAAUAAAACGCUUGAAAUUAAUCGAAGGUUUGUUUCGGGAGGGGUCCGCAAAUUUUUAUUCACUGUUUUCAACAGAGAAUUUAAUAGCUGCCAUAACAAUAUACUUCAUUGCUUGAUUUGCAUGAGGCAGUCGCACAAAACAAUCGAUUAAAUUGUACAGACGUCUCUGGAAUUUUCCGUUUAACUACAACCUCUAAAAAUAUCUUUAGUGAAAUUCGCAGAUAUCCCGGCUAACGUCCUAAGAUUCCCCCUCCGUCCCAUUAGUCUCUCUCGACACCGCACAAUUUACACGAUGGAAAAGUAGUCUUGCGACAUUUUUCUCAGGGCCGCAGCCAGUAUGAGGCAAACCGAGGCACUUACCCCAGUCAUUUUUUUUCCCAAGGUUUGAUCCCAGUGUAGUGUAGUAACAAAGUAAUCAUAAAGACCCUUAAGAAAGUAGGCGGGGAAUUCAGCCACAGAUAUUACCUCAGUUUUUUUUUCUUUCUACGGCCCUUGUGCUUGUGUUGAUCGGUGUGUGUUGUUUCCUGCACACAUUACACUUAAGAAAACCUGAUUUCAGCCAAUGAAAAAGAGUGUUGAGAAAGGGUAAUUCUAUUAUUCUGACUCACAAAUAUUGAACUUGACGAAUGGGUCCCCUUGUUUGAUGUGAGUAGUGAAAUGUGAGGAUGAAAAUGAGCAAACGUAUCUCCACAUAUCGGUGCUGCUAUGUUAAUGUUGACUACCACCGGAGGAAGGCGAUUCCUCAGUUAACCUCGUUCCCGACUUGGGCUUUUUGAGAAGCCCACGGGCGCUUAUUUGAGGUGGGCGCUUAUUACAUUUUCACCAUUGUCAUUACAACAAAAACAUGACAAGAGGUGAGGAUGAAACAAAGUAUAAUUUUUAUUAUUAAUUGAAAUUUUCUUGUAAAUGCUAAAACAACAAUUUCACUCUCAUUGUCAGUAAAAAGGUUAAUUAUCGAUUUCUCCGGCGCUGCCUCCUCGAUGUCUGACAGCGUAACAUCUUCAGAUGGGUCUUUGAGGAAAUUUCCAACCUUAUUAUUGACUGUCCACAAUGAAUUUAGAGAUUAGAGACUGUAAGACGUCACAGGGAUGAUAAUCAAUAUAUACUGUUCUUGUGCACUUCAGUAGUUGGUUUUAUAAACCUCGAGAGUCAAAGGAUUUUUAGGUUCAGAUCGAUUUAUUUUUCAAUCCAUAGAGUAGACCAGAGUAAAACUAGCCUGCGAGCAAGACUCACGAGAACGCCGCUCGUGGCUUCGCCGCUCGCUCGCGCGUUCUCGCGAGACUCGUUUCACUCGCCCAAAUAGGAGAGCUUGCUCGCAGGCUAGAGUAAAACUACAUUGAGCAACAGGAAAGGAGCCAGAAAAUCAUAUCAUUUACGAAGCGUCUCACGUUCCCGGCUUGACAUGAUGUCACACUGUAACGUUACAUAUGUCCGCAACAUUCAAGAAAAAAAAGGAGAAACUAAGACGCGCUUGAUCUCUCUCCAACUUUCGCGCCAUUUUUCACGAUCCCUGCUUGUGAUCAUCUUGGAGCCUGUUACAGGCUAAGGCUAGGAUAUUAACCUUAGCUUUGGAAGUUUUUGGAGUGAUUUCGCUUUUUAAAAGUUGCUUGUUUUUUACAAAAUGCUGUCAAGAGAAUGACGAGACAUAAAGCCUUGUCGAAUUACAUAAACUUAUUGAACGAUAAAAGAAAUCAGACUGUGAUUGACAGUUGAAUAUAAAAUAUACACCCAAGGCGGAGUAACCGGUGAAGCGUAUAGUAUACUUUGGAAUUUAUACUGAAAAAAACAAAGAUUGGGUUGGAAGAAUUCAAUUAAGUCUCAAAUCAAGACUCCAUUGUUCUUUUAGUUUUCAAAGUCAACAAGUCUACUUUGACCGUUGGUUGCAUAUUUUUGUCAUGGAUAUAGAGAUGAAGUCGAAAAGCAAACUUCAUGAUGAAGUUUGCUGUUCUGUGUGCAGGUUGACUUUUACUGAUCCAAAGCAGUUGCCUUGCUUGCACAGUUUUUGUCUUCACUGCUUGAAUGGGCUUGUUAGAAAAAGUGAAUUUAACGGCCGUUUUUUAACAUGUCCACAAUGCAACAAACGGCUUAAGAUUCCUGGAAGUGGAAGUCCCAGCGAACUUCCUAACAAUCUUCGAAUAAACAGUUUGCUGAAUAUCUUGGCAAUCAAAGAGUGCAAAACCAAAACCCCUGAGGUGAAAGUAAAAUGCGAAAACUGCGAAAACCGGAGCGACAAGACCUCAUAUUGCUUUCAGUGUUAUUCUUUCUGGUGCGAAGAAUGCAUUAUAGGACAUAACAUUAUCCGAGCUAAUAAAGAACACAGAACACUGGCGUUAAACGAUUUUCAAGAUCAAGACAUCGAAGACUUGUUAAGGCGGCCAACAUUUUGCCAGGAGGAAUACCAUGAAAAGGAGGAAUCGAAAUUCUUUUGCAAGGACUGUGAAGUCGCUAUUUGCAACACUUGUGUUGUAACACUUCAUGACAACCACAGCAAGAUGCUUUUGCAAGAAGCGAAAAAUGCCUGUAAGACAAAGAUAAACUCUGUGGUUAAAUCUUUAAAAGAAACAGCACAGGAUGGCCGCAGGAAGGCAGAAAAAUUUGACCUGAAGAGCACCGAAAUUCAAAUGAAAGUAGCUGACGUGAAAGGCCAAGUACAGACGAAAGUGGACCAAAUUAUCGCAACCAUCGAAGCGAGGAAACAGGAUAUAUUGAACGCAGUCCGAAGCCAAGCGAAAAUAUCACUGGAACCUCUCACAAAGAAAAAAGACGAAGUUGAAAAUCGAGUGAAGAAAUUGGAUUCAGCAAUUGAACAAACUGAAUUUUUAAUGAAACAAAACUUGAGUACCGAAAUCCUAGGAUUUAAUGAAACAUUUCAUACAAUUCUUAAGGAGGACAACACCCAUGCAAACAGUGACGCUGAAUUUGUUCCUUUAUUAAGUUUCAGCAAAAAUGAAAACUUGAUAAGCGUGUUGAACAGCGAGGGGAUAGGUGAUGUAAAAACCGUUUUAGCAAAACUGAAUCGCACUUUCAGGCCUUUGUUGUCCUUUGGACAAAAAGGUAAGUCUGUUGGAAUGCUUCACUUCCCUUGGGGGGUGGCAGUGAAUAAUCAUGAUGAAAUUGCUGUAAGUGAGUGUGGCAACCACAGAAUUACAAUAUUCAGUAGUGAGGGUACCUACUUGAAAUCGUUUGGUAGACGGGGAAAGAGUAAUGGUAUGUUUAAAAACCCAUCAGGGAUCGCUUUUGAUCAAAAUAACAAUAUUUUAGUAGUGGACAGUUUUAAUCACAGGGUGCAAGUUUUUGAUCGGAAUGGUAACUUUUUAAGGAAGUUUGGUGAACAAGGAAGUCUUGAUCACCAACUUGAACACCCUAACGGUUUAUCAAUAAACGGCAACGGUGAAUUGAUUGUUUCCGACAGCGGCAACAAAUUCAUCAAGAUAUUUUCUCCCAACGGGAAUUUUUUGCGUAAAUUUGGCGGAGCAGGUAGUUUGGUCACUCCUUUUCACUGUAUUCAACACGGUCAAUUUUUUAUAGUCUCAGACUGGAGUGAUCAUUCCUUUAAAAUGUUUGAUCUUGAAGGAAAUUGUAUUUCUAAAUAUGGAAAACAGGGAAAGGGGGACGGAGAGUUCUGCGACCCUCGUCACUUUUCAGUGGACAAAGAAGGAUUGUUAAUGAUCUGUGAUGGAUGUAGCAACAGAGUUCAAGUAUUUGAACUGAACGGAACUUUUGUUACAAAGUUUGGGAGCAAAGGUAGUGAGAGAGGAGAGUUUAAGUUUCCAAAUUCUACUGCAAAUUUGAGUGAUGGAAGGGUAGUUGUAUGUGAUUCAUGGAACCACAGAAUACAGAUAUUUGACAAGAUAUGA